AGUCUCUCGGGGAGGAAUCGAUCGACGCUUCGGGCGCGUGCGGCGCCAGUCGUACGCCCGCAGUUUGUUUCCAUACGACCGCGGGCCGAUUCCACGGCGACCACGACGAAAAUAGCGCCUUUACCGAGAUGACGGAACGAACGUUCGCCGACGACGAAGAUUGGAGAGCGUUCGACAUUAUUUGCGGCCGAAAAGUAUAUAGAAAUAUUAUAACAUACACAUCUAUUAUACAAUAGUAAUACGUUAUCGUGGUUUCUUUCCUCACCUUCCAUCCCUUCCUGGUACGGCUACGACACUCGGCAGUGUGUCGUCGUCGUCGUCGUCGUCGCACGGAACGAAACGUAGAAAAUAGAACGUACAUAUUAGCCGAAUUUGUUUUUUUCACGACAUCGCGUUCGUUUUAUACCGUAGAAAAAAAAAAACAGUAAAUUUUCGUACCGAUCCAUCCGAUUAAAAUAAUAUUAUUUUUAUUAGGUACGCCACCCCCGAGGAAUGAAACAUAUCGACGUGUGUGUACCCGUCAUAUGUCAGGAUGAUUAAUUUUUUUUUUUUAGAUUUUAAUUCGUUUCCCCCCUCGUCAUCGUGUCUUAACCUUCAGCGGCUAUGAGACGUUUUUCGCCAAAACACAUAAAGACGACUAAUACGAACCUCCGGGGUACCAGGUUACCGGGUAGCGCUGACUAUAUUAUACAAUAACAACACCAAUAAUAAUAAUGAUAAGGAAUAUUACUAUGGUCUACGAGUAGUAUUAUUGCCGAUUCGGGUAUAAAUAAAUGUGAUGAUAAUAAUAAUAUAAUAGUAUUGAUGUUGGCCCCCUACACUUCUAAAGAGACAAGGCGAGCAGUAGCUGCGGUUAGGCAGUAUCAUACUACGUACACGUUUAAAAGAUACGAUUGUUAUAUUUUUUUUAGUUUAUGCAAUGUAUCUUGUAUCAAAAUGCUUUUUAUAACGGUAUAAAACGUCUUUUCGAGCUAGAAGAUAAUUCAAUAUUUUUAAGCAAAAUUAAAAUAAUGAAAAAUUCAAAAAUGUCGUUGGAAUAAAAAUAUAAAUAACCCUUAAAAAACAUCUAAAUAAAUGUUAUUUAUAUUGGUUAAUGAUUUUUAAUACAGGACGUUUACUUUUAUUAAUUAUUGCAUUCAUUAAUUAUUAUUACACUUCAUUUGGUAGUUAAAAAUUGUAAUUUUCUUUGACAAAAUAUCAAUCAAAAGGAUGUUGAAAGUUUUAUUUUUACUUGAUUGCAUAAAUAUUUUAUAUUUUCUGAGCGAAGCGAGUAGUGUACUGGCUUCACUAGGAUAUGUUCUUUUUAAUGUCUGAACUUUUCUACCUAAAAUGUUGGAUCUUGUUGGUGCGUUUUGAAUGUUAAUUUUUUAUUUUCCAGAUGGUUUUUUAAAUAACCAGGAAAGAUUACAAAAAAUAUAUAGAAAAAACUGACAAAUAUACCAUUUGAAUACUGUGUUAUUUAAAUUUUGUACGAAUUAUGUUUUCUACCUAAAUCUUACUCCAACCGAAAAACGAUGAAAAAUUUUUGUUGCAUCUAGUCGGUGAAAAAUAAAAACAUUUUCUGAUUUUGCGUGUAAUUUUCUUAAUAAUAGUGCACAUUUACAGAAAUAAUGAUUGAAUUAUUUUACAUUUUUUUUUGUUGUUAAUCAAAUAAACAAAUUUGUAGAAACUUUAAAUUUUGACAAAAAACUUAUUCUGAGCUUUUCUAUACAUCAGAUUUUUAAAACAUUCUAAAAAUAUUUUUAAAUUAUUUAUAGGCGUUUUAAUUUUCUAGUUUAUAACGUAGUUAUUAUUCGGUAAGUACCAUACCAGUCGUUCCCAACUUAUUAGAUUCUGAUUCUACGCGUUCUUUGUAAAUUUUAACAAAUUUCACACCCUCCAUAAAUUGAAAAAAAAAUGAGUCUUUUUGGUUUACUUUACAAAUAAACUAUAUUUAAUAUUCGUUAUGGCUAUUUUUUAUUGAUAUUAAUAAUUGCAAAAUUGCUUGUGUCUUUCCAGUAAUAUGUUUACUUCCCCCUCGUAUGAGAAACAAUAUGUACUAUGGAUUUGAAAGUGUUAGGCCAAAAAAAAAUUGCAUUUUAAGAUCAAAUGUUGGUGUAAAUAUUAUGGCAUUUCAAACCAUGUAUUACUGAAUUUUACUCAGAAUCGUACUUCGUUAUCAAUGGUUUAUCGUUCCUUUCAAAUGUAAAUUAUAUUCUACCAUUACAACUUCCCACCUAAAACCAUCACUAUUCAACCCAUCAGCAUUAACAACUUUUUUAUCCUUGUAUUCUCUAAUUGAAAAAAAACGUUUUGUUAGUUUGUUAAUGAUUUCAUGAGUUACCUUGGCAAAGCAAUGGAAAACCUCGAUUAAUACUACUCCAUUCAGAAUCGUUUUACUGUGUAUAUCCUAACUUCUCAACUAUAUGCCUACAACAGUGAUCUAUAAGAAGUAUUACUUUUUUUGUUUUUUUUAUGGAUAUAGUGCAUUUUUAAUUUGAACCUUCCUGUGUUAACAUGAAUAAAAUAUCCAAUAUGCAUUUUUCGUUUCAUAUGAAUAAUAUGUUGUAUCUGUCGCAAACUUGCAUGUGGACAUACUAUAAAACAGUUUUAGCUAAAAGCAUUAAGAUCAAAGACGAAUACGCAUGGUAGGGUAUGAAGUGGAAAGUCAAUUUAUUAAUAAGAAUCUACGUAGUAAUUUCUGUUAAAUUCAAUACCUAUUAUAGUUAAUAUAUUACUUUAUUCUCUAGUGAAUCAAUCGUGUAUACUGCUCUUUAAUCCCUUUGCGUAUUGGUCGAUAGAACAUUUUGAAACCGAUAUUGAAGGAGUUUACAUUAGUUUUUACGGAUUUCCACGCUAAUAGAAAAUACUCGGAGUAUAACUAUCAUUUAAUAGGAAUUUUAUGACAAUUUGGCGUUUAUUGCUUGUCUCUUUGCCAUAGUGUGCAGAAUACUCGUUCCCAUAUUAAAAUAUCGAAAUAUUCCCGGGUACCUGUACAAACGGCGGCACGAUUCGUGACUCCGGUGGCGCGCGUUUCUCGGGCAUCAAAAUAAAAACAAGCGAGUUAUUUAACCUACUUAGGUAUAUAAAGGGCUGCGGUUCCGAAAUAUUAUCGUACCUAUACGCAGCGCGAUGACGUGUGACACGCGAAUCGAUAAAUUCCGUUCGGUCUCGGCAACACACGCACUAUAAUAAUAUAUUCCAACUACAAAAGAAUACGCACUCGGUGGCAGUUUAAAAUAUGUUUUAUAGUUUUUUCUUUUUUUAUUACAAUAGUGUUCGGCCGGCCGACCAGCCGAGUCGUUAUAUUAUUUUGUGUGUUGUAUACUUACGUGUUUGGUACGCGGAGCCGUCGCAUGGCUCUGAGAAAACAGAAAAACCGACCGCGUUCAACCAGAUCCGAUAUUAUUUAAAAACAAACGUUUUCAAAAAAAUACAGGUGGGUAAUGGUGAGCCAAAAAAUAAGGUCACCACUGGAAAAUUAUAACGUGCGUGACUCCAGUUAAUCCGUAUUAUAUAGAUGGAGUUUUAAAAAAUAUAUUCGUACCGUGGUACCGUCGAAAAACGUUUCGCUUUCCUUCUCCCUUUCACCCCUUCACUAUUAUUCGCAUCGCGUCCUCGCAAAGUCCAAUUGUUUCUUUGUCGUCGUUGUUUAAAUUCGUUAUUCGCGGGUUUCCGCAGGCGACGAUGGACGUUGAAGACGGAGUCACUACGAUGAGCAACCACGAAAUGAUAUCCACGUUGAAAAGCGAAUUGGCCGCUUUGCAAUUCAAACGGGAUCGUCUCAUAUCCGAGGUAUUGGUUAUUAAUUGUAAAAGCCAUGAAAAAUAAAUUGGCAUAUGUUACGAGUAAAAUAUUAGGUAUUGCUUUCACAGUCUUCUCGAUAUUCGCGAUUUUUACUUGCACAUAUUAAAUUUUCUAAGCGCAAGCGUCUACACGCACAUUAUCACGUGGUAAUUAAAUUUUAUAGUUGCAAGACACCAAAGGACAGUUACGAUCUAGAGACCAACGAACGGUUGAACUCGAAGCCGAAACGGAAAUGUUAAAAGAACAACAGGUCCGACAAAAUUCGAUCAUUGCCAGUCUCAGAAAUAGAAUAAAGGUAAGUGCCAUUUUAAACAUUAUAAACAAUUUAAUAUCCAUUUGGAAAAUUGUAUCGUUAAUCGUUAUUGUUAAAUCAGUCGAUAUAAUUAUAGAUUCUGAUUGGAGCGAGGAAUAUAUCAGUUUUACAAUGAUGUUUGUUUAUUUUUUAUUUUUUCUGUAGACAAUUUUUCUACCAGCAAUUUUGCUCUAAUUUUUAAGUGUAGCACUUUUUCUAAAAGGAAAUCUGACCGGGGUGGUACUUUAAAGAAAGCCAUUUUUUGAUUUCCUCUACUAUUUUCAUAAUACAUAGAAAAACUGGGAAAAUAUGGGGAAUACCGAUAAAAAAACGUAGAAAAAAUCGGAAAAUUAAGGAAAUAUAUUAUUUUAAAUCGUAAAUAUUUCACUCUUUCAAACUAUGUAUAACCGAACUCCGCUCAGAAUCUUUUUUCGUUAGCAAAGAUUAAUCGAUAAUGAUAUACAUUGUAUUCCUUUCUUUAUCCUACCUUCCUAACUUCUCAUCUUAAAUAGUGGCCCACCGACUAGUAUCUGAUCUUUUUUAUAAUAAAAAUUGACUAAUACGAAAAAUCUACUGUGUCAAUCAUUAACAGAAUUUUUCGAAAAUACCAAUGCUUUUAUCGAUUGUUUGAUUAUUUAUUUAAUUUACAUUGUCGCAAAUACAUAUAAUUUUUUUGAGAUUAUCUUAAAAUAUUGUGGUAGUUUGUCAUUUUGAUUAUCAUUCUAAUUAUACCGUUUGUCUAGUGUCGAUAAUCUUUAAAUCCUCUUGAAAUUCCUCUAUUGUCUAAUAGUUGAUUAUUAUAGAGAACCCAUAUUUUGAGUUUAAGAAAAGAUCUAUCCAUUCGUAUUUAAUUCCAUCAUUUGGGAUUUAAAAAGUAUUUUCCACAGCCUGCGGCUCGUAUUUUUUAUUUUAUUCUGGCGGUAGACAUUCUGUUGUUUAUUUCCUGUUGUUGGAAAUGUCAAAAUAUUUAAUACCAUAUUUAUGGCCGUUCAUUGAACUACAGUUUUAUUCAUAUUAGUUCCUCCUAAAGUUGUUAGGAAUUUAACUUCUUUUAUUUACUUAUUUACUCUUUUUUUUUAACUUUUAUUUACUACCGAUUUUCAUGAAAUAGGAAUUGGAAGAUCAAGAGAGAUCAUUGACUACUUCGUUGGGACGAGCAGACAUGUCGUCUGAAUCACUGGCUAGAGAAAAUCGUCAUCAGGCAGAGAAAUGCGCUGAGCUGGAACGCCGAAUCGAUCUAUUGGAAUUGAACUGCACCAAAGCCGAAAAUGCAAGAGACUCGGCUAAGAGAUCGAUGGCCGAGUUUGUGAGUAGAACUUCAUUAGCGCUGGGUUACGAAUCUUUGAAUUCUGACUCCCCUGCUGCCGUCGAUGUAGUCUUAUCUAAAGCAUCGGAAAUGAAUCAGGUGAAUAUUUAUGAUAAUUUAUUAUAUCAGUAUUAUCAAUGUAUAUAUUUAUUAUAUUCAAAUAUUAACCAGAAAUAAUUCGACAAAUAUUCGGUUUAUCAGUUUAGAAUAUUUUUUUUCUCUUAUAUAUUUUGUUUUCUUUUGAGUCGGUCUACAGCGUAUGGAUUAUUAUUGUUAUAAUUAUUUACGAUUGUCGUGGUCGUAUAACAUAGGAGUUGAACCGACUUCGUCGGAAAAACAUAUCUGCCAGCGAAAAUUUAUCAUCGAUAGAAAUAGAAUUGAGAAGCUGUCGGGAGCAAUUGGAAAGGGCGUUGAGCGACAAAGAAAAUCUUCAAAGACAAGCUGCCGGCCAUAUUGUCGAAAUUGAUAAGUUGAAACAAGUAUGAUAAUACUACUCGUUUUAGUAAGCACAACUAUCUAAUUAUCUAAGUAAAUUAUUAUUAUUAUUUUGUAGUGAAUUUGUCGAUAACAACAGAAUUAAAAUUCUCAACGGUGUCUGUUUUAGGAAAAAGAACACUUGGAAAUGCAACAGAGAGUGACAGAACGAGAGUUGUCCGAUCUCAGAGACAAAUUGACGGCAACCAACCGGAGUCUGGGCCUAGCGUCCAACAAUAUAGCCAGCCAGGAAGCCACUAUAUUCACUCUCCGAAGUAAACACUAAAUAACGAAACUACAACCAUUGUGGUACGGUUGUACUUGAUUUUAAUUAUUACAAAUCCUUUGCAUGAUGUUGCAAUAGACGAUUUGCGGGAUCACGGUGAGAGGUGUCAAAAGAUGCAGAAUGACUCGCAACAUUUUUUGGAGUCAUUGGCCGUGUGCUUGACGUCGGCGGACGGGUACGUCCAGUCCACUGAGAACGGCGUUAAGGAUGCGGUGAAGAGGCUCGUCAACGAGUUAGCGAAUAAAAACACGGUAUACUAUUUAAACGGUGUUGUCGUGGUCGAAGAGAACCUGAGAAAAUUGUUUUUUUCCGCUCCUAUUGUUAUGUUUAGCACCACGAGGAAUCUAAGGAUCGAAUAAUCUGUUUGACUGACCGGGUCGAGCGUUUGCAAAUCGACCAGGAACGAAUGGCGUCAGAAAAUCGACUGUUGACUGACGAAAAACGCAACUUAGAGACACGGCUGAAUCACGCUGAAACCGAACUUAACGUCUGUGAAAUGACUAAAGAACAUUUACGAAAUGACAAAACGAUCGUGAGUAGAAAAUGUUCACUUUACAAGCAUAUUUUACCGUCGAAAUCUUGACAAUAAUGAGAUUUACUAAUCAAUUCAUACAAUAUCUUGAUAAAUUGGUCAAUAUCUAUGAUGAACACAUUUGAUUUAUGACUUCCACUAGAUAAAUCAAGUAACCAUAUAAUUUGAUGAAUAGAUUUAGUUUCUCUCUACUGUUCCAUUUUCCAAAAAAAUUAAAAAAAAUACUAGACUAAUUUCCUUUAUUGCAAAAAUAAAAAAUACCUCAUAAUUCCUAUUUCUCGUUAUAUCCUCCAAUUGCUUGACCAGUUGCUUCUAACCAUUCCUCGACCUUUUCGGCGUCUUCGUUUAUUUCGUUGUAUCCCCAAUUCACGUUGUAGCUAUUUAAAUCACCAAUUAUGAUCUUUGUACUUUCGUCUCUAAAAUUAUGUAGUUCUGUAGAAAUAAACUUUGCCCCUGAAGCUUAUAUACUGAUGUUAUCGUGCAUUUUCCCAAGUUGAGUGUUAGAAUCUGUAUAUCACUAACGCAAAUUAUGACAGUGAAUUAUAAUAGGGUGUUUUACAAAAACAGAAUUUCCGUAUUUCUUAUGCAGCUAUUUCUUUUUCGAUGAUGCGUAUCGUGCAUUAUUCUAGUGAUUUUUUAUUUAAACAAUUAGUUUGGUUUUGUUGUUUUAUACUUUAUGUUAAAUACAUUUCUAAAUUUGUUUGAUUAGUCUCCUAGUUCUAUUAACAUGUUUGAUUUAUUUUAGAACAAUCCAUUAGUUGUAAUAAUUUACUUACCUAUGAAAUGUGUAUGGUACUUAUGAUAAAAUAAUCUAAAAUCCAGAUUCUUGUACAUUGUCAUUUUGGAUUUUUUCCGCCACCAUAAUAUAAUAAUACACAUGGAUCAUCUAGGAGCUUUACAAUCAUGGAGUUUUUAUAAACAAAAACAUGCAUAUGUACUGAAUUGACACUGGGACCUCUGGAACAAUAAUCAUAAUUUUGAACAAAUCUCAAAUUUUGACAAUGCUGUAUUUUGUACAAAAUAAGUACGCACUACAGUAAAGCUCAUAAUAUUUCUGAUUUCGAAUACUCAGUAGUUUAUAUAUCAAUAUAUUAAAUUGAGAAAGUCUGGAUGUUCGAAUAAUUUUGAUAGGUUUGAAGGACUGAAAAAAAUUAAGUGCAUAAAAUGCUAAUAUAAGUAAUAACCGCAUUGUUCAAAUUUGAGAUUUGUUAAAACUUAUCGAAUGCUGGGUUAAUGUCAUCCCAUCACCAGUAAAUUGAAGACGACUUUUGAGGGUAUUUAAAGAUAGUACAAAAAUAAAGUGCACAAUAUAAUGUAUAGUUGAUACAUCUGAUUUCGAUAGUUGAAGGGUCUGGGUAAUUCAACCGGUGUAUAUUAUUAUUUCCAAUAGUUUCCUAGUAAUAGUCAAUUACUAGGUAUUAUGUGCUUCCGCAGUUUGUAACGUUUCUCGACAAGCUGUCAAGAGCCAUGCACAUGGAUCAAAUAGCCAAGGACGUCGGCGUGGACUUACACACGGAAUCGCUAUUGCUGCGCGCCGAACAACUGGCUAAAUUGGAAUACGAUAAAAACAUUGACAAGGUAUACUUUUAUAAUAAUAUAUUUCAAAAACUCUCCGUUGAUGUGAUCGUCACAUUUGACAUAUUAUGUUUUAUUUUUCCACGGUGAUUGUAUACGGUUAGCUACUGCUCGGUUAUCCUUACACGUCGUCGUCGUUAUCCAGGCAUCGCGGUUUAUAUUGCGAUUACCCUUACAGAGAAGUAUUUAUCGAAGCGUCGUUUUACUCGAUAACAUUAUAUUUUGUAUAUUGAUUUCAGUGGCGCCCAAACUACGGUUAAGCGUUGCAAUAGCUCCACAUACCAUAUGUGGUGGUGGGCCGAAGGGAGUAUAGAGUUGUAUUAGAAAUAUUAAAUUAGGUAUACAUUAGAUGCUAUAAUACUUCCAAUUUGAUAUUUUAAGAGAGAGUUUAUUUUGUAAUAUUUAUUUUUAGUGUUUGUAUUUAUUUAUUAUACGUAUGGAUGAACUAUUGAAUAUAAGGUGUGAUGUGUGGUUAGAAGAGUUUGUUAAGUUAAUAUUUGACGCGAGACAAAUAUAGUUUGGGUACCACUGACUGAUUGUUAUUAAUUUGACUUCGUAUUUUUCUCAUCAUUAUUCUUAACUUGUUGAACACAUGUUUUUGUUUAAUUUACAUGUACUUAAGUGUAUCGUAGUCUUGGCGUUUAUAUAUUGUUGUUUUUGUGUAUUAAAAUGUUGGUUUGGUGGUGAACCAAUAACGCUUUGAGACGUAUCUACAUUUUAUUAUUCGUAGCAGUUUUAUCAGUUUAAUUGGUAAUCUCGUUAUACAAUAUUAUAACUUGGGUAAGCAAUCUACCAUUUUUCGUCUAAUAUUUUGCGUGUUAUACAAAUAUUAUUCUUUUAUUCUUCACAGUAAAAUUAUAUUAAAAUUAUAUUAUAUGCGGUGUGAUGAUUUGUUCAGGUAACAUUAAAUAUUUUAGGCGGAUGAACAUGGAUUUAGGUUUUAUCGGAAGGUGGUUGGAAGUACAUUGAGAUAAACAUUUUACGCGUUUUAAUUUGUAACCAUCAUGGGUUUUGCUCAUGCACAACUCUUUAUACAACCAAUACUUACGCCUCUUAUCAUUUUUUCUAUAGAAUCUCGUAAAAUUUACUCUUUCAUUGUUAUAUUCAUUUUUCAUUGGUUUAGAUAUUUUUUGUAAAACAAGAUAUAAAUUUAUAAAAUUUAAAUAACAAUUUUACGUCAUAUUAUAAUUUUAUAGCGAUAUGCCGAAAUUUGUAUAGAAAAUAUAGGUGUUACUCGACAAAUGACAUUAAAUUUCUUACAAAUAAUUAUUUUUUUUUGUUUUAUGCAAGUUAAAAAAAAAAAAAAAGUUCUAUUAAAAUCUGUUGAAUAAAUAUAUUUUUUAAAAAAAUAAGCUUUGUUGCACAUUAGCUGAUCGAAAAGAUUAACAGUUUUAACAGUUUGGGAUUUUUUUAGAACCAUCUAUAAUUAGAAUUUAAAUAAAAAGUCAUCCAGCAGAAAUAUUUAGUGUUAACUGAAAAAAAUUAACAUACCGUAUAGGUAUAUAGGUAAAUAACCGCAGGAAGAUCAAUUGAUGUAUUUAUUUAUUUUAUUUAUUGUUUAUAAUAAUACUAAUAAAAAUUAAUUUGUAGUAUGUUAUACGUAAACGCAUCCUUAUCAUUAAUUUUUAAAAAAUGUUGUAAAAUUAUUGCAUAAUGCUUUGUAAACCUAAUUAUUAUUUGACAUUUGAUGAUGCGCGUGUAUGAAGUUGAAAUGUUUCGUCGUUUAAUUUGUUUUCAUUACUAUUGUUAUUGUAUUAUAGAGCGCUCUAGUGUAUCAACUCCAAAGACGUGUGCGCACGCUCAGGGACCAACUGCAGAGGCGCGAUCUCCAUUUGGAUUUAUUGCGUCGCAAAAUCAGCGUCCAAGACGAAAGCACGAAAAUGCGUUCGCUGUUGGAGACCGAAAGAGACGAGGCUAACUUACGGUACACGCCGACUUUGUAGUAAACGUAAUAUUUAUUUUUUUCCAAUUUAACAGUCUUUAAAGGACCCGAUCUAUUGAAAGCAAUCUUUUCCGUCUAUAUUUCUCAUUAGAUGCCAAUUAAACGUAUGUACGUAUAUACAUUCACCGUCCUUAAUUAGAAAAUAAUUCUUCUCUACAACACUUGUCCACUUUCAUAAUAAGAAGUACGUCCGGUUUUUUAAUAGGUCAUUUUUGGAUUUUCAUACACGGUCAAACGAGUUCAUUAUCUUGGUUCUUUAUAUAAUAUAUUAAUUUAUUUGCUUUUUUAUACAGAUUGUAUAGAUUGUGAUAUUUUGUUCUGUGAUUGAACGUGUUCCCACUAAAUUCUCAUGAAACUGUUUUCUGAUAUAUGUCAUUUUUACUUUUUACGCUAUAUAUCUACUUAAAAUUUCCCGAUUUUUUUUUAACACAUGCAAUUCUUUAUUUGUGGAUUAUACUAAUCACCUCUCCUACAUUAAUUUUUCCUUAGUCUCACAUUUUCACUAACUAUCAAAAAAUUAUAAAUUUUCUAGGUAAUGUCUUGUCUAUUAUUUCAUAAAAUGACAAUGUCAUCAUUUUGUAACGUUUGUCUAUUAUACAGGGCCAAGAAAUUGCAAAAGCAAUUGGAUAAGGCACAGCUACAGUUGACCGAAUGUAGGACACAAAUUCGGGACUUGAAACUCCAACUCUCCGAUGCCGGAGACUGUAAAGUUAGUUACAGCUGUUUCUUUUGUUUAACUACGUUUUGUUGAAAAUAAAAACGCGUGUUGAUGUACAGUUGACUUCGUUGGAAAGAGCGAAAAAAAUCGAUGAUCUUGAGAAACGCCUCGUCGAAUCGGAAAUGUUACGGAUGCGUUUUGCGAGAAAAGUUACCGUACUCAAAGAACAAGUAAAAAAAAAAAAAAAAAUAUAACUUCCGUCAAAUAUUUGUCGAGUUGUUUUAAUCAACAUCAUGAGAGAAUUUAGUUUAUACAGUCUAUAUAAUUGGUUAAAGAAUGGUAUAAAAACCCCGGGAACCAAUAUGGGAUGAGAGAUACGAUUCCGGGAACCAAUUCGGUAUAAGCAAGAAAAAUAAAUGUUUUUGUUAAAAUGUUAAGUAGCGCGCUUGCUCUACGACAAAAGUGAAUCUUGUCAAGAACUAACGCUGCUUUAAAUUGGUUUGUGGUAUCAAAUGGUAUUCUUACUGUUUCCCGGGGAGUUUACAUGAAUAGCGAAAUAUUUUUAAGGGAAUUUACAAUAUGCCUAGUAAUGUUAUUAUGAUUCAAAUGUUUGACGUGUAGUGCGGUUAUGUAGGUACAUAUAACUAUUAUAAAAUUUCCGUUUUAAUAUACGCACAGCUGAAAUCGACUUCGGAUUGUCAUAAUCAAGAUAAAACUCUAAACGAACAUACCACGCGAGUGCUACAGGACGACAUAUCAUCGCUAAAAUUCCAGCUGAGCGAAGUGAAACGCCGAGAAUGUACCGUAAGUCCUUCAUACCCGAUUUUCCAACUCACAUACACUGGUUAUCUUCAUAUCAGUCUCCAUUGCGUCAAACCACCUCUAAUUACCUUUGAUGUUGUGGCCCACCUGUUUCAUAGAUAUGUAUUGCUAUUUUUCUAUUUAAAAUUUUAUUUUUUUUUUUUUUGUUCGUGGUUUUUUUCCAUCCAUCGUUGUAAAGCUCGAAGAUCUCCGCCGGACGAUGAUCGGACUGUUGGCGCUAGACUCGUCUUGCACGGACUACGAGAUCACGUCCAAAAUCACAAAACUGGUGACGGCCCAUCGUGAAUUUUCAGUACUGUCCAGGAGAUACGACGACCCGCUGCCGGCAGCGAACUUACGUCACUACGUACCACCCUCUGAAUCUUCGGAUCCGACAAUCGACGAUUUUGAAAUCCUCAAUAAUCCAUACAAUAAACGGCCGUCGAGAAAGACGUGAACCUCACCUAUCAGUCAAAGGCCUCCGAAUAAAUAAAUCGAAAAAAACGUCUACCUUUGCGAGUCUGCAGUAUGCGUGUGCGCGUCUCUCUCUCUUGCUCACUUUUCCCGUACUCUUAAAACAGGUGGUAAAAUUAAUAUUAAUUUAUUAUAUUUAUGUUAAUUGAAUAUUAUCCAUAGGUAAAUUUGUAAUUUAUACUUUAUUUCAUAAAAUUUCGAAAUUACUAUUCGUAAGUUAUAAAACUGCGAGAAUUAAUAUCACUCAGCCGAAGAAACAUAAUUAAAUGUAUUGUACCUAAAUGAUUUUUUUUGGAAACCAGCGUCAAAAUGUUUUUACUCUUUAUACGUGCCCGACUGUGAAAACGUUAAAUUGUAUUAUUUUUGAAUCCGUACAUUAUUUAUCUAUUUUCGUACUUGUUCGAUAUUUUAUCGUAAAUAAUUUAUUCAGUGCACCUGCCUACAAAACUGUAUACAUUUUUAAAUUAAAGAAAUUAUUAAAAAUUCAAACACAUUAUUUUCGAUUUUUACCCAUCAAAAUUUCACAAAAAACUCACAUUUUUCAAUAAUAUCAUCAGAAUUGUAUUCAUGUAUUAUUAUUUUUCCAACUAUACGUUUCUUCCGACAUAAAUAAUAAUUAUGUAUCUAAUGUUUAGUUUUCGAUAGUAAAUUAUACAUACUCGGCUUAUAAUUGUUACCGCUCACUUACCUCCGUAUAAGAACAACGAUCGUUGUUAAAAUCUUGAAAAAUAAUUUUUGUUAUUUACGGGCAAAGGUGGAUUGUUAUAGUGUUAGGUGUGUAGUGCGUUAUGUGUUCGAAUGUCGUAUAGAUGAUCGUCAAGUGUACGCAGCGGCGGAUUUAUAAGGUGGAGAGUAGACAGCGAUAUAAUUACAAUAAAUUCGUUUAAAAUCAGGCAUCUAUUAAAAAUAACAUCUAUACCUUAGAAGUACAUAUGAUAUUUUAUGACCUCUCCCCCCCAAUCCCUGGAAAAAUAUUGAAAUUUACUACCGGUUGUACGAACAUUUUCGGUAAUAUUAAGUAUAUUUGAAUAAAUUAAUAGAUAAAUAUUGUGCUAUUUUUCGAAAAAAUGCAAUAAUAUUGCAUGUAUUAUGAAAACACAUCAAAAUACAAUUUUGUAUUAAAUGGUUCGUGGUUUCAUGGCAACAGAUAAAAUAAAAUACAAAUUUCGGGUGAAAAUAAUAUCAAUAUGUACGUAAAAUCAAUAAAAAAAAAAAUUACUGUAUAUGCUACUUUGAAUAAUUGGUGAAUGUUGACAUUUACAUCAUGAUUUUGAUUAAAGUUGACAUAUGUAUUUGCAAAUAUAUUAUAGACUAAGGCAAU